GACACGGAAUCUGAUACUGAAAACAUAUAUGCUAGAGACUGUAUCAUUAACAAUCGCCGUACAGACAAUGAUAAUGAAAAUAUAUAUGCUAGAGACUGUAAGAGAAUGUUUAUAUGCGAUCUUUGUGGCAAAAAGUUCGCUUUGAAGGCGGGUUUAAUGAAACAUGUUGUAAUCCAUAUACACGUACCUACUAAUGCUGGAUCGAUUGAGCCAAAUAAUUCACAAUACAAAGUAAGCAUAAAUGUCUUGAAUGAAAACUCAGAUAUAGAUGAAUAUGUGUGUGAUACUUGCAGAAAAACAUUUCACCGCAAAUAUGACUUGAUUCGCCAUAUACAAAACACGCACACGCAAACAAAUUCUAAAAUAAUAAAAACAGAGCCAACGGUCUAUGAGUGUAAUAAAAAAGAUAAGAGAACAUACCCCUGCCACACAUGUGGAAUACAUUUUACACAAAAAGUGUAUUUGAUUACACAUAAACGAAUUCACACGGACAAAAGGCCUUAUUCGUGUAACUUCUGUGAAAAACGUUUUAAAACUUCUGGUUGUUUGAAAAUUCAUGAACGUUUUCAUACUGGUGUAAAGCCAUAUUCGGGCGAACCGUGUAACAAGCAGUUUCAGGAUGUGCGACUAUUAAACAAACAUAAAAAAGUUCAUACAGGUGAAAAACCAUAUAUGUGCGAAAUAUGUAAAAAACACUUUUCGAACAUACUGUUUUUAAAUAUACACAAAGUUACCCACACGGGUAUUACGUGUGAAAUUUGUAAGGAACAUUUUAGGCAAUGGGAAAAAUUUCGAAUUCAUAAGCGAACUCACACAGGCGGGACGAUAUAUACGUGCGCGCUGUGUAAUAUGAAGUUUGCAAGUGUCUGGAAAUUCAAUGCGCACAAACGAACACAUACAAACGAGAGGCCAUACGCAUGUGGAAUAUGUGGAAAGCGGUAUACGCGAGCUUCUCAUUUAACGAGACAUAAUCGGUAUCACACUGGUGAAAAACCGUUCUCCUGCAAGAUGUGUAAUAAGAAAUAUUCGGAACGAGAUUCUUCGUGCAAACACAUACGAAGCCAUACUGGAGUUAAGCCUUAUUCUUGCGAUAUGUGCAAAAAACGGUUCGUGCACAAGAGCAGUUUGAACAGACACAUACUAAGCCAUACUGGAGCGAAGCCUUAUUCUUGCGAAAUCUGCAAAAAACGGUUCGCGCAAAAGGGUAAUUUGAACACACACAUACUAAGCCAUAUUGGAGCGAAGCCUUAUUCUUGCGAAAUCUGCAAAAAACGGUUCGCGCAAAAGGGCAAUUUGAACACACACUUACGAAGCCAUACUGGAGCGAAGCCUUAUUCUUGCGAAAUCUGCAAAAAACGGUUCUCGCAAAAUUGCAGUUUGAGCAGCCACAUGCUAAGCCAUACUGGAGCGAAGCCUUAUUCUUGCGAAAUCUGCAAAAAACGGUUCGCGCAUAAGGGCAAUUUCAACACACACAUACUAAGCCAUACUGGAGCGAAGCCUUAUUCUUGCGAAAUCUGCAAAAAACGGUUCGCGCAAAAGCGUAAUUUGAACACACACAUACUAAGCCAUACUGGAGCGAAGCCUUAUUCUUGCGAUAUCUGCAAAAAACGGUUCGUGCAAAAGGGCUAUUUGAACAUACACGUACUAAGCCAUACUGGAGCGAAGCCUUAUUCUUGCGAAAUCUGCAAAAAACGGUUCGCGCAAAGGGGCAGUUUGAACAGACACAUACUAAGCCAUACUGGAGCGAAGCCUUAUUCUUGCGAAAUCUGCAAAAAACGGUUCGCGCAAAAGGGCAAUUUGAACACACACUUACGAAGCCAUACUGGAGCGAAUCCUUAUUCUUGCGAAAUCUGCAAAAAACGGUUCUCGCAAAAUUGCAGUUUGAGCAGCCACUUACUAAGCCAUACUGGAGCGAAGCCUUAUUCUUGCGAAAUCUGCAAAAAACGGUUCGCGCGUAAGAGCAGUUUGAACAGACACAUACUAAGCCAUACUGGAGCGAAGCCUUAUUCUUGCGAAAUCUGCAAAAAACGGUUCGUGCAAAAGGGCUAUUUGAACAUACACGUACUGAGCCAUACUGGAGCGAAGCCUUAUUCUUGCGAAAUCUGCAAAAAACGGUUCGCGCGUAAGAGCAGUUUGAACACACACAUACUAAGCCAUACUGGAGCGAAGCCUUAUUCUUGCGAAAUCUGCAAAAAACGGUUCGCGCAAAAGAGCAAUUUGAACACACACAACAUACGAAGCCAUACUGGAGCGAAGCCUUAUUUUUGCUUAAGACCAGAUAUUUUAAGAAUUUAAAAAACCAUAAUAUGCGAUGCACGUUAAAUGAACUUUUAGCACUCGCCACGUUUAGAGUACAUUUAAAAUAAAUAAAUAGAUAAAAUAUAAUAAAAUGGCUUUAUUAAUAGGGAGUAUUACUGCAAUGUUUGUCGCCAGAGUGCAGCACUAGUGACUUAAGUAUACCAUAGAGUAACUUAUACAUACUGUACCUUAAACUGUUUUUGGCAAGUUUUCACAGACAAUCAAAUAUGACAUUGAUACAUCAAGGCGGUUUUUUUAAAAUAGAUUAUAGCAUUUAUAGCCAAGUUUAUGGUUUUAAGUUUCGUUACAUUCUUCGAUCAUUAAUUGUUUACAAAGGGCCUACCGGGAAACGCGAAAUCGAAACUCAGCUACCUGCCUCUUUAUCACUCGAAUAUGCAAGAGUGAUAGAGAGGUUAGAUAACAAAAUUUCGACUCCCUUAGAUUGUGAUUGUGUGUCCUUAUUGUGAGAGUGACGCCACCUACGCAGAGUUUCGCGUAAUAUUCCCUAUUCUCUACGAGAUUAAAGUAUGUUGUAUGAAAUAUCAUUAAGUAUGUUUAUAAAAGUUUGUUCGUAAAGACCCCUGGGCCCUGUUUGGCUGAGGGCCUUCUCCAGUUACGCCAAGUUUUUCUAUCCUUGGCCUUCUGUGGCCAGUCCUUGCCAGCUGUAGCAUAGAAUAAAUAAUAGUACUACGUACA